AUGCCGCCUGCCGCUUCUUCAAAAUUGCACGAAGCUUGCAGAGAACAGCAUGCGCCGUCCAAGGCGCCAACUGUUACAAAAAAAUCAGCAAGGAGUCGUCCGUUACCGUUGACGUCGCUAAACCACGUGUCCAUCCAUUGCAGCAAUGUUGAGCAGUCCGUGAAUUUCUACUGCGACGUUAUGGGAUUCGUGCCCGUGCGCCGCCCCGACUGCCUUAACUUCGACGGCGCUUGGUUGUUCAACCAUGGGAUUGGAAUUCACCUGUUGGGGCAGAGUGAGGACCCCCAAGCACCGCAACUGCGAGUCCCGAAGGAGAUUAACCCAAAAUCAGACCAUUUCUCAUUUCAGUGCGAUGACAUUGAGGAGGUGGAGAGCGGUCUGGAGGAGCGAGGCAUUGCAUUCCUGCGGCAGUGCGUGGAGGAGGCGGGUAUCAUGGUGGAGCAGCUCUUCUUUCACGACCCUGACGGCCACAUGAUUGAAGUCUGCAACUGCGACCUGCUUCCCGUUGUGCCGCUUCAGCCUGACCCUGACAUGCCUCUCACUCUGCCAGCCUGCGUGCGCCGUACGCCUCAGGCUUGUGGGAGGCAGGUGCUGGAGAAAGGGCAGCAGGAAAGCUGCAGCCAUAGCAGUGAUGAUAGUGGCAGUGAGAGCGGUUGUGAUGAAGGGAGGGAGAGGGAAGUGGGUGAAGGGCCUGGGGCAGAUGAAGGGUUCUGCAACAAAGUUCAAGUUGUGGAGCAGCAGGGUGGAAGCCUCCCCGCCCCGCCUAUCCCUCAGCCUUCCUCAGCACACGCCUAUCGCAUCCAUGUCGGCUUGCGACCGCCUCCCGCCAUGCACCCUUCCGCCUUCACCGCCCUUUCCCGCAGGGAGGUUGGCCGCGCGCCUCUCUUUGGUCAGCGCGCGCGUGUAUGCUCCCCCCUCGACGCGCCUGACAAUCCCCCUCUGCUCCCCGGCGGCUCUGCUUCCGCCACUCCCCGCGCGCCGUACUGUCCCCGCGCGCUUCCGGGAUAUCUGAGUGGGCGCGCUUGGGCUUCGCUGCAGCCGGCGGCGCACGACUGCUACGACUACGCGCUCUCGUCUUCCGCUUCCGCCAUGCAGGUGGACCCCGCGGAGCAGCGCUAUCUGCUGGUGGGCAGCGCGGCGGGCGCAAUUACCGCAUUCGACACCGCCGCACCCACCGCCGUAGACGCCUUCGCGCAUCCCUGCCACCCGCCCCUCUUCACCCUCCCCCGCGCGCCCUCCUCCUCCUCCGCCGCCGACUCCGCGCGCGCCGCGCGCGCGCUCGCGGACGCGUCCGCGGCGCCCGCGCCAGGAGCGGCGCACUCGCUGGCGGUGACGGGCGUGGCAUGGUACCCGGUGGAUCCGGGGCUGUUCGUCUCCGCGUCCCUCGAUGGCCUCGUGAAGCUCUGGGAUACCAACACCCUCCAGGCGCUGCUGUCGUUCCACAUGCCGGGGCGGGUGGGGGACGUGGCCAUGUCGCGCGCACAGGGGGCGCCACUGCUGGCAGCAGCGGCGUGUGAGGACGGCAAUGUGCGCCUCUGUGACCUCGCCUCGGGCGCUGCCACUCACAUGCUGCGCGCUGCCGCCUCCCAAGGCGCCAUCACGAGGCUGUGCUGGUCGCCCGCAUCGCCCUUCCACCGAUUGCGACUGUGGGACGUGGAGGCCGGGGCCAACACGCUCAUCCACUACGCGAAUCAGAGAGCGCCACGUGGCGCGCUGGCGUCAGAGGCCACAGUGCGGUUCUGCAUGUCCCAUGACGGGUCGCUGGUGUUCCUGCCUCAGGGGCCCGCCAUCCAGGUGUUGCACACAUGGACAGGGGAGUCCCUCGCCUCUCUGCAUGCUCACUUCGACAAUGUGCUGCUCUGCUGCUCUCACCCUGCCACACCUUUAUUUUCUUCCGGUGCUGACCGCCAGCUCCUUUCCUGGACAUCCCCUCUCCUAGACCAACACCACUACCCUCAAUCACACUCACCCCAUUCAAGAUCGCGGAGUUCUGCACUACAAAUAAAUCAAGGGCAUCUGCCUGACGAGGAUGCAUGGAGUGACUAA